AUGGACCAGGGAUUCUCCAGAACCGAAAAUGAGAACACAACAUAUUACCCGGAUGGGCUAUCACCCUCUGUGCAUACUCAUACGAGACAUUCCGCACCUUUGACUGGACCGCCGGCUGACUGCGGGUCGGAGAAAUACGAAACGCUCAGCUUGGACGAUGACCAGUCAGAGCUAGACUCAUCUCCAGGUGCCGGACUACGCUCUACGAGUAGUAGCACGAUCGCGACCGAGCCAGAACCUCCUAUCAGCCGCCAUACGAGUCGGUUAAAUGGCACGCGAUCACACUUGUCCGAGCGACCGUACUCUCAUGAUGGUCAUCAACAUGAAGGGAUGGACGAUGUAGAAAGGCAGAAGACGCAGGACAACCAUGGCGAGCCGGAGAAGGAUCCUAACCUGAUUGAAUGGGAUGGUCCUGAUGAUCCUGAGAAUCCUCAUAACUGGAGUCGAGGUUACAAGUGGUUUAUCACCGCUAUGCUGGGCAUGGUCACAUUCGUCAUCACCUUUGCGUCGUCAGUGUUCAGCACGGCGACGCAAGCCACCGCCCAACACUUCAAUGUAUCGAACGAGGUCAUGGUCCUGGGAACUUCGCUGUUCGUUCUCGGAUUCGCUGUUGGACCGCCCAUCUGGGGUCCUCUAUCUGAACUCUAUGGUAGAAAAUACCCGCUGUUCUUUGGUUUCUUCGUCUUCGCCAUUUUCCAGAUUCCAGUGGCCGUGGCACAAAACCUCCAGACGAUUAUGCUUUGUCGCUUCUUCGGUGGCAUGUUCGGUUCUGCUCCGCUUGGUAUCGUCGGAGGUCAGCUCACGGAUUUCUGGGGCCCUCUUGAUCGUGGCAUCGCGAUGGUAACCUUCGCCGGCGCUACGUUUAUUGGCCCCGUUGCAGGUCCGAUCGUCGGUGGCUUCAUCGUCAACAGCCACCUUGGGUGGAGAUGGACUGAGUACAUCACUGCUAUCAUGGGUUUCUUCUUCGGUACCAUCGGCUUCUUCACGGUUCCUGAAACCUUUGCACCUGUUUUACUGUCCCGCCGUGCGACGAAGAUCCGUUUCGCAACGAAGAACUGGGCCAUUCACGCAAAGCGCGAUGAGCAACAAGUUGAUCUCAAAAGCAUUGCCGAGAAGUACCUUCUCCGACCCUUUGCUAUGCUACUUAAGGAACCAAUCCUCGACCUUGUCACUUUGUAUAUGGCCGUGAUAUAUGGAAUCCUUUAUUUAUUUUUUGAAGCGUACCCGAUUGCCUUCCAAGAACAGCGCGGCUGGAAUUCUGGCGUUGGCGCACUACCCUUCCUCUCCAUCACCGUUGGUGUCAUCCUCGGGGGAGGCAUCAUCAUCUUCACAACCAAGACGCGUUUCACAAAGAAGUUCAAGGAGAACAACGGCGUCGUCGUCCCCGAAGAACGUCUCAUCCCCAUGAUCAUCGGCGGCUUUUUGUUUCCAGCAGGAAUGUUUUGGUUCGCCUGGACUUCCUCGCCAAAUAUAACAUGGGUGCCGCAGGUGCUCGCUGGUAUCUUCAUCGGAGCGGGCGUGCUCAUGAUAUUCUUGCAGGGACUGAACUACAUCAUCGACUGCUAUCUAAUGUACGCCAACAGUGCGAUCGCUGCCAACACCUUUCUACGAAGUGGCUUCGGUGCAGGCUUCCCUCUUUUCGCUACGGCUAUGUAUCACACACUUGGUGUGAAUUGGGCGACAAGUCUGCUGGGGUUCAUUACUGCGGCAAUGUUCCCGGUGCCUAUCUUGUUCUUCUUCUACGGAGCCAGGAUCAGGAAGAUGUCCAGGUACGCGCCGACAUAG